CAGAUCCCUCUCACGUUCUCCGCCAACGGCUAUCUAUCCAUCUUUAGAAACCAACCAACCACUUUCUCAGUUGUCUUUUUUCCUUAUUUUAAUCUGACUUCAAAUUUUUACCAAGAACUUGCAAUUAAGUACACUUUCAUGGACAAUCUGUAAUACCCAUUACCAGGUAUUGUUGUUGACGUAUAUUCGAAAGAAGGAAAAUGGAGAGGGUCAUUGAGGAGUUGGAUGAAGCCAAAGCUGAGAUUGAGAAGCUCAGGGCAGAUUUAAAAUGCAAAGCAGAACUUGCUGAGAAUUUGAAGAGAGCUCACCAUGAGCAAACCGUUCAAAUUCAGCAAUCAAAGUCAAUAAUUGAGAGGCAGACACAAGAACUGAAUGCUAAGGCUGAAGAGAUUUCUGUUGCAAGAAAAAUGUGUGAUGAGCUUCAGUGCAGGUUGAAUGAAAAAGACUCCAUUGUCAAGCGUCUGAGCUCCACAAAUGACAAGCUUCGAGUUGAUUGUGAAGAGGUGCAACGAAAAUGGGAGGAUGAAAGACGAGGGUUGGUAAUGGCUCUAGAUGAGGCAAAUGAGAAGAAUAUAGAUCAGGAGCAAAAGAUUCAUGUUUAUAUGGCAGAGAUCGAAGGUCUUAAAGGGCUUUUAUCAGCUUCACAGUCAAAGUGUUUGGAAGCAGAGAAAAAGGCCAAAGCGCUGAAAGAACUGAGGGAAAGAGACGAUGUGCUACUCAAAGUAGAGGAGCAGAAUAGGACACUUCUAGAGCAGCUAAAGUGGAAAAAAGAGCAGUUUAAACAUCUAGAAGAAGCGCAUGAUAAGCUCCAAAGUCAAUUUAAGGAAAGCCAGAAGGAGUGGGAAUUAGAGAAGUCUACUUUGAUCGAUGGGAUUUGUUCACUGCAAACGAGCUUAGAUUCUGAAAAGAGAAUCUCAGAAGAUACUCAAAACCGGCUGAAGAUCUGUAACCAAGCUCUAGCUCAUGAAGAAAGCAGGAGAAAAUAUAUGGAAGUAGAACUUGGUGACUAUAAAGCACGUUAUGAUACUGUUUUCUUUGAGUGCAAGGACACAAAGUCUCAGCUAGAAAGUUUAACAACUCAGAGGGACAAAGAAAUAGCAGCUCUUAGACAUUCACUUGGCACAAAGGAGACGUUUCACAAAGAAAUUGCAUAUCGUGCUGGGAAAUUAGAGCAAGAGAAUCAAGAGUUGUUGGAAUCCCUUAAAGAACUACGGGAAGCUCAGAUUCAGGAAGCAGGAAAUUCUUCGUCUGUGGCAAAACUACGAAACAAGCUCAGAAGUGUGGAGCAGAUGCAUAGAGAUUCUUCUGCAAAUCUUAAAGCCAAAGAAGCUGAAUGGAGCUCCCAACUAGUAAAACUGAGUGAAGAGCUUAAUGAUUAUAAGUUUGCUUUGGAGAGUAAAGAAACAGAAGCAAAGGAGCUCAAAAUGGAGUUGGGAAAUUGCCACUCUGCAAUAAUGCAGCUGGAGUUGCAGAAUCAGGAGGCAUCAGUGAUGUUGCUGGUGUUGAAAUCAUACAUGUGUCAACUUCAGUUAGAAGAGAGAGCUUUAAACAUAGAAACUGACUUCAAAGAGACACUUAGAGAAGUUAGUAAUGCUUUGGACUCUGCAAACUCUGAAUUGUGCGAAGAGCGUGAGAAGACAGCACUUUUAUCGAGGAAGGUUGAUUCUUUUAACUUCAUGGAAGAGAAGCAGCAUCUAAUGCAGAUUGAACUAGAUAGGUAUAAGCAAGUGCUCGAGGAAUCAACCGCUUGCCAAGUCCAGUUACGAAAGCAAGCUUUGCAGAAGGAAAAUGAAUUUAAAGAAAAACUUCAAGAAGUUUCUGAUGCUUUAAGCAGGGCCGACUCUGAACUAGAGAGGUAUAAGCAAGUGCUCGAGGAAUCAACCACUUGUCAAGUCCAGUUACGAAAGCAAGCUUUGCAGAAGGAAAAUGGAUUUAAAGAAAAACUUCAAGAAGUUUCUGAUGCUUUAAGCAGGGCCGACUCUGAACUAGAGAGGUAUAAGCAAGCGCUCGAGGAAUCAACCACUUGCCAACUCCAGUUACAAAAGCAAGCUUUGCAGAAGGAAAAUGAAUAUAAAGAAAAACUUCAAGAAGUUUUGGAUGCUUUAAGUCGGGCGGACUCUGAACUAGAGAGGUAUAAGCAACUGCUCGAGGAAUCAACUGCUUGCCAACUCCAGUUACAAAAGCAAGCUUUGCAGAAGGAAAAUGAAUUUAAGGAAAAACUUCGAGAAGUUCCUGAUGCUUUAAUCAGGGCUGACUCUGAACUAGAGAGGUAUAAGCAAGCGCUUGAGGAAUCAAACACUUGCCAACUCCAGUUACAGAAGCAAGCUUUGCAGAAGGAAAAUGAAUAUAAAGAAAAACUUCAAGAAGUUUCGGAUGCUUUUAGCCGGGCGGACUCUGAAGUAGAGAGGUAUAAGCAACUGCUCGAGGAAUCAACGGCUUGCCAACUCCAGUUACAAAAGCAAGCUUUGCAAAAGGAAAAUGGAUUUAAAGAAAAACUUCGAGAAGUUUCUGAUGCUUUAAGCAGAGCGGAGUCUGAAGUAGCAGCAAAGAUCUAUGAGGGACAUGCAGUUGAGUUUGAGCGGUGGUUAUGGGAAUCUAUUGUGCAGCGGUUAAAGCAUGAUCUUGAAAAAGAUCAAGCACUGCGUAAAGAAUUAGAAUAUUCACUUCUUGCACAAAUAGAAGUCGGAGAAAACGUCAAGAAAGAGAACAAUAGUCUUCAGUGUCAGGUUGUUGAGAGCUGGGAAAAAAUAAGUGCUGCUGAGAUUCUCGUUCAGCUGGAAAUUGAAGAGAAGAAACUGAUCAUAUUGGAGUUAGAAGAUAACAUGUCUUCUAUAGAACAGAAAUCGAAAGAACAGGAAAUGUCCUUAUCUUUUUCACAACAGCAAGCAAUGGAUAUUGAAGCCAAACUUGAAGCAAAACAGAUGGAAAUGAAGAGCUUAACGAAUUUAUCGGAGACAAAACUGCGAACAUUAGAAGCAUUGGUUGAUGAGCUCAAGAUAGAGAGAAUAAAUUUGGUUGAAGAUAUCAUGAAGCUGUCAACAGAAAGAGAAAGUCUGAUGGACUGUGUUGUGGAACUUAGUGAUGUGAUCAGUCAGUUCUCUGAUCAAGAUGUGCAAUUGGCAGAAACCUUGGAGAAGAUUGUACAUGAGUCUGUUGUUGAUGGUAGUACAUCUGUUCAAGACUCGAAAUUUGAUACUAUGCUUGUCAGUUAUGCGGCAGACAUUGAAAAUGCUUAUCGUUCCCCGACGAGAAGUAAGAGCUUUCAGGCUGUGGCAGACGACAGAUCACCAUUUCGAGAGCUGAACUAGAAACUGGGCAGAUAGGCUAUACACUAAAUAGCUUGCUUAGUGUAACUCUUUCUUGAAUUGUCAUUCUUUCUAUUAUUUCCAUGUGAUUUUUAGCAUGGAUUUCUGGUCUUAUUAGUUUGUAUAUGAUGCACGUUUAAAGCUAAUCAGUUUUCUACUACGAGAAAUUGCCACACUUUCAUAUUGUUCUCUUAUCUUUCUUAGAAAUAAUUUAAAAGAAAAUUCAGUU